CCUGAUAGAGAAUAGUGCAAUCUGUUCAUCCAGUAAAGUAUACGAUGGCCACCGUAGCAAAACGAAUGUUACAAUUCCUUGCCAUUGCAUUCGUGAUUGUGCAAACUUAUCAAGGUGAUGUUCCAGCGAACGAUUUCACUGAGUUUGUGAAUCUGAGUUUGUGAAGCAGUUUUGUUUAUCGCAAUCCAACUGUACCAAAUGAGUCUCUGUUUAUCAGUUUCGUAAUAAUGGCUAAUUAUUCCUUUCGAUGUUCAGCAAAUAAGUGCAAAAAACACGAUCAGCAAUGUGAUCAUUUCGCCUUUUUCCAUCAGUGCUUGCCUUUCAUUGGUCGCAAUGGGUGCAGAUGGAGAAACUGCCGAUGAAAUAUUUCGAGUCUUGCGAUAUGGAAAGGCCGAUCGGAGACAGCAAGUGGCCGAAUCGUACGGACAACUUAUGAAGCUUUUGGAGAGCGAUAAAUCCAUCUCCGUAGCCAACAAGGUGUACGUAAAGGCGGGAUACGAAGUGAAACCAUCCUUCAAUGAGGUGGCUAUCAACAGCUUCCGUUCAGAAGCUGAAGAGAUCAAUUUUACUGAUAACAAGGCCGCUGCGCAGACGAUCAAUGAUUGGGUGGAAUCGAAAACGAACCAGAAAAUCAAGAAUGUUAUUUCCCCCUCUGUGCUCGAUAGUUUAACAGGCAUGGUUUUGAUAAAUGUGGUAAAUUUCAUGGGUAAGUGGAAGUACCAAUUUCCAUUUACUGAAACCUGCUUGAUGCCAUUCUGGAUUACUGCGACAGAGUCACGAGAAAUCGCAAUGAUGAGCAUAAAGAAAUUUUUCGAUUAUAAAAACUUUGCGGACAAAGGAUUCAGUGCUCUGGAGCUUCCCUAUAGUGGCAAUGGCUCAUCGAUGCUGGUGUUAUUACCGAAUGAUCGCAUCGGGCUAGCAGCAUUGGAGGAACAAUUAUCAAGCCUAGACUUAGCAGAAGUUAUCUCUCAAAUGGGCACAGUAGAAGUUCAAGUUUUCCUGCCCAAAUUCAAGUUUGAAUUCUCGCUCGAUGUUCAAGCCGAAUUGAACGCACUUGGCAUGAAGCGAAUGUUUAGCGAUUCGGCAAGGUUCCCGGAUUUACUCGACGCAAAUGAGACGCUGAAGGUUUCAAGGGUUGCCCAUAAGGCGUUUAUCGAGGUGGACGAGAAAGGCACCAAGGCAGCAGCUGUUACAUAUGUAAUUAUGCUGACAUCGAGUGUUAUCAGCCUAAUACCAGUUAUCGAAUUCCGUGCAGAUCAUCCAUUCGUUUAUGUAUUGCUGUCACGUGAGAAGAGUGUCUACUUUAUUGGAAAAAUAUCGAACCCUGAGUAAAACAAGAUGUGGAUUUCGAAGUAUGCAGGAUUAUUUGUAUUUUUAGAAUCCAAAAAUGCUUCGGAAUGAUUUCAGUCAAAUCAAAUAUAUUGCUUAUGCAACAUUUUAAUGAAAAAAUGUUAUUUUGAUUGAAUUGUUAUUUUGAUUGAAUUGUUAUUUUGUGUUGUUGUAAUAGUUUAUAUAAAAUAGAAGUGC